AUGCGUGCCAUAUCCAUUUCCACUCUCGCAGUCCUCCUCGCCUCGACGGCAGCUGCAGCGCCGCCGUGCACCACCCCGUCGUCGGGCUGCCACUUCGUGCCGUCAAGCAACGCCACCGCCAGCAACUUCCCCGGCGCCAGCCCGAAACCCGGCGGCAACCUCUACGACCUGAACAAGCUCUCCGAGGUGCCCGUCGCGAGCGUUUGCAACAGCGGCAACACGACCGAGGAGCUGGCCUGCGCGCGGCGCUACAUCGACGCCAUCGACGAGCAGCUGGCGUACCUGUACGCCCGGCGCCUCGGGUACGCCGCCGUGGCAGGGUCGGCAAAGUUCAGCGGCGGCGCCCCGCUGAACGACCCUUCGAGGAACUCGGUCGUUGCGGAGGGGAUGGCGCAGCGCGUUCUCAAGUACGGCGGCAGCGCGGAUGUAGGGCGGGUCAUGGGCGGCGAGGGCUGCAUGAUCUACGGCAGCUUGAUCUAUGAGGUUGAGAAGAUCAAGGCUGAUUGUGACCCGGCUUUCGAUGAGACCAUCACGAGAUCAUGCACCUAA